ACGUAUCGUGUGCGUAUUAUGAAGUUUGGAUCUGCCAGCGGUCGUCCCACGGAAGCCCAAAUCGAUCAUCUUCCUUCUCUCCAACUCCCAAUUGGCAAUAAUAAUUGAGAGAGAGAGAUAACGAAAGAGGAGGAGAAGAGAGCAGCGGAUCAAGAGAAAGGAACAGUGGGUGGGGGACGAAUAAAGUUGAAGAAGCUUCAAUUGGUGGCCUCGGAAUUGGGGUUUCGCAGGGUACAUAUUCUUGGACUUUGAUAGCUUGUACCGCUCUGCGUCUGAAGGAAUCAAGUGGGAGAAGAUACUGUUGCAGGAAAAUAGAUAGAGAAAGCGACGAAGAUACAGCGUUUUUGCAUGAGGGCAAAGAUGCUUGGAGAAUGUGGAAGAAUAUUAGAGAUAGAGAAGCGGGAAAACUCCGCCCAAAUUCUUUCGCAAAUCGUCUUAAAUCCGAUCGAAUCAGCACUCUGCAACUUUCCAAUCACAAGGACAUUGUCUCUCCCCAUAGAGGUUCCGUCAACUCACUUCAGGUUGAUUUGACAGAGCGGAGAUAUUUGUUAUCUGGAGCAUCAGAUGCAUCUGCUGCUGUCUUUGAUAUUCAACGUGCAACUCAUUCUGAGGGUCUUAUUGCAAAGCACCAAUGCAUUUUUGCAGUUGAUAAGCAGCAUGAACAGGGACAUAAAUAUGCAAUAUCCUCGGCCAUAUGGUAUCCCAUCGAUACCGGGUUGUUUGUCACUGGGUCAUAUGAUCAUCACAUUAAUGUCUGGGAUACAAAUACAACUCAGGUGGUCGUGAAUUUUAAAUUGCCCGGAAAAGUCUAUAGGACGGCCAUGUCCUCUUUGGCAACAUCACACAUGCUCAUUGCUGCUGGAACAGAAGAUGUUCAAGUUCGCCUUUGUGAUAUUUCCUCGGGGGCAUUUUCUCACACAUUAUCUGGACAUCGUGAUGGUGUAAUGAGUGUAGAAUGGUCAGCUUCUAGUGAAUGGGUUUUGGUUACUGGCGGAUGUGAUGGAGCAAUACGUUUUUGGGACAUUAGACGAGCUGGAUGUUUUCGCGUUCUGGAUCAGUUUCAGUCCCAGCUUGGGAGGCGUCCACCUAUUUCUGCAACAAAUAAGCUAUCAACAUCCAAGUCCCUCUCGGCCAGCCAAGGAUCAAAUAUGAAAUCUCGCAUGCCUCAUAAGAAACUAGCCAAUGGAAAUGCAACAAAGCCAUCAUCUAUAGGUAAACUGCCAGCUAAGGGAUCCACAAGGCAAAGGCUACACCCAGGACUUUUCUCCAGUCAGGAUCGAUCUAUUGCUCACUUUGGUGCUGUUAGUGGAUUAAAAGUGACUGAAGAUGGCAUGUACCUUCUCAGUGCAGGUUCUGAUUCAAGGUUAAGGUUGUGGGAUGUUGAAUCUGGGUGCAAUACUCUUGUAAACUAUGAAACGGGCCGGUUACAAAUCAAUAAGCCAUUGCAAUUAGCUACAUCUCAAGAUUCAGCCCUUGUAUUUGCUCCGUGCAUGACAACUGUUAAAGCAUUUGAUAUGUGGACAGGGAAGACAUCCCUGACAUUCAGCGGCCAUUAUGAAGGCGUGAACUGUUGCUGGUAUAGUUUCACAGAUCAGGAACUGUACACCGGUGGCAACGAUAGGCAAAUUCUUGUCUGGUCUCCAUCCCGGAACUCUACCGAACUGUGGACACGCAGGAUUGGGAAUCCACGGCAAACAAGGAUAACUGGAGCGACUGAUCGUCGUCGACAGGCGGGAAGUUCAGUCUCAAUGCUGAUGCCAUCCUUGAAACUCUGCUCGCCAUGUACAUAAUAUUCCAGACGUGUAUCAUCUUUCAAUGGAUUCUACGGUCUCUCUUUCAAACGUGCACUAUGGGGCGGGGACUCGGGAAAAGUCCACCCCUUUGUUUCAUUUUGUAAUUUCCUCAUGUGCAGCAUGUUGUGUUGGCUGUGUAGUAUUUUUUUUUUUCCGUUUCAUUUUUCAUCGAGUUUGGUAGCUUUGUUUUAAUUUCUUGGAUUCGGGAUCAUAUGAUUGGAAAGCUUGGGUUUGUUCUAGAACUAUACGUCAUGAUUUGGAAAAAGAGAAUUAUAUGGAUUGUAAACUUGAUCUA